AUGCAUUGUGAUGAUGGAAACCAUAUUCUGAGGUUGAUGCAUUACCGCAGACUGUCUGGCAGUCUCAUCGAUGUUGGUGUCGACUUUCCGAAGGAAUCGGGCAUCUCCUCUGAAAUGGCCAAGAAGGCUCUAGACUACAUCAGAACCCAGGACCCAUCUUUUGACGAGAACGAGGCUGGAGCAAUCUGGGCAGAGUCAGAGAUCAUGAGAGUCGAGGAGGAAUAUAUGGCUCGCGCCGAGAAAUUGGGCAUCUACAAACGUACCGACAAUGAGCAGGCACCGGACACUCAGUCGAGCGCCAGCACUUCCGACAUCUACGGAGAGAGUGCCUUGGACAAACUGAGGAAGGCAAAUAAGGCAAGAUGGAUGGAGGAAGACCGGAAGAAGGAAGAAGCAAAGAAGCAGCAAAAGGCUGAACGAGUAGCUGCUCUCAAAGCUGAAGCCAGAGAUGAGAACUCGACAGCUGACACGAAAGAUGAGCCCGGAAAGAUCUUCAGUCCAUUUGACGAGAUCGCACUUGCACAACCCGCCCAGAAAGCAUGGCUGGAGCCUGUGGAGCGUAAGCCGUGGGUGAAGUACUACGAAGAGCAAGCGACUAUAAUUAAGGACAACAAGAUCCCUAACCUGUCUACUCUUCGACGAUUGGGCCCCUCUGCUUUGGUUCUACUCGCUGUGCUUGGUGGCUGCUGGAUGCUGACUGAAACGUACACCCCUCCUCCGCGUUCUGCGAGAAUGUUCCCAGAUGUACCACCUGCCGUUGCUACUCUCGGAGCCAUCACUGCCAUCAACUUCGCCGUCUUCGUUGCCUGGAGAAUCCCCCCUCUGUGGAGGACAAUGAACAAGACCUUCCAGGUCACCGCAGCGUAUCCGUUCGCUAUUGGAACUCUCGGCGCACAGUUCAGUCACCAGAGCAUUCGUCACUUGUUCAUAAACACUGUUAUGCUUUGGCCUUUCGGCUGGAUUUUGCAUGAUGAUGUUGGAAGAGGAACUUUCCUAGCUGUCUACCUCGCUUGCGGUACUGUGGGCACGUAUGGCUCUCUGGCCUUCAAUGUGCUUGCUAAGCGCUGGAUGAACUACAGUUUCGGUUCAUCUACUGCCGUCAUUGGCACUAUGGCUGCAGCCUGUUUGAUAAGGGCAAACAACAAUGUGACUGUCCUCGGCUAUGAGAUCCCCGACAUUACCGGCCUGACCGUCCUGGGUAUUAUCGCAGGUUUCGAAAUCCUCAGAGCUUGGAGGGGCAAGAACACCAGAACGGACUAUCCUGGCCAUCUUUCGGGCCUGGCAGCAGGUGUGCUUGCUGGCUUCUAUAUCCGCUACCAGACUACUGCAAGUCAGAUGACUCGGAAAGAGUUCACACCUCUGCAGUCUGAACAGUCGACCGACUGA